UCACUUUAACUCGUGUUAUUGUUUCUUAUCAAUUUCUUUAUCCUCUUAUAAUAAUAACAACUCAAGUGAGAUAUCAACAUACAUCACCCCACAUUCUAGAGACAGCAUAGUUCUUUCAUUUGUCCCUCACCUUCCCAAUUUCCUUGAUCAACAGGGGAAUUUGGUCUAAUUCUGAUUCCUUCUCUUUGAGGGACUUUUGAGGAUUAGGGUUUUGGGGGGUGAUUCUUUUGCUUGCUUUUGAUUAGGGAAGUAUUUGUGUGAUCUGAAUGUAAGGAUUCUGUGUCUGCAUGUGUGAAUUCUGCCAAGGGGCAUUUGGUUGCUGGGCUCUGGCUGAGAGUUCAAAGAUUUUAGCUUUCUUUAGCUCCAGCUGAAGAUCAACACUUCAAUGUUUCUGAGACAAUUAUGGCUAUAGUUUUCAUUUGAUCAUGGAUCUGGAGAUACGACAUGCAAUCAAAAUCUGAAACUACUAAUCAGCCAAGGUCUAGUCCACAUUCCUUUACGCCUAACACUGUUUAUUCUGAACCCUGGUGGCGAGGUAUUCAUUACAAUUCUGCUCCGAAAGCAAUGUCAGGGGUGAAUGCAUCAAAUUCAUCAUCACUUGAACGCCCUAAUGCCGAUUCUGAAUCCAGUGAAGGUCAAUCUUUGUCCAACAAUGGGAUGAAUGAGGAAGAUGAUGAUGCCACCAAAGAAUCGCAACCCACUGCUCCUAAUCAAUCAGGAAAUUAUGGACAAGACCACCAAGCCAUGCUGCAUUCUUCAUCAUCUGCACCUUCUAGGCGUGAUGACUGCCUUCCACAUGCUCCACAACUGGAACUUAUUAGCCAUUCAUUUGGAUAUGCUCCUUAUAUAGGAAUGCCUCAUGCCAGAAUGGCUUUGCCUCUCGAGAUGGCUCAAGAGCCUGUUUAUGUGAAUGCCAAACAGUACCAAGGAAUUCUGAGACGAAGACAGGCUAGGGCUAAAGCAGAGCUUGAAAAGAAAUUAAUAAAAGUCAGAAAGCCAUAUCUUCAUGAAUCUCGUCAUCAGCAUGCUAUGAGAAGAGCAAGAGGUAACGGAGGGCGUUUUGCAAAGAAAACUGAGGUCGAAGCUUCAAAACACACGAACAAGGAAAAGGAUACGGGUGCAGCUGGUCCAGUUUCGUCGCCACAGUCAGUUAGUUCAUCUGGGUUGGGACCGGUACCCUCUGAAGUGCAUGAGAGACUUGAAAAACACAACUAUGCAAAUGUUUUGCAGUCAUCAUCUGCGUUCUGUUUGCACUCCGGUGAGAGAGUAGAGGAAGGAGACUGUUCAGGUCAACAACGAGGAAGCAUCUCCUCUGAGCAAAGCUCACAGAGGCGUCUUGCUAUUCAGUAAAUCACUGCGUCGGUUGAUGGUGAGGUUGGUGUAUAAUUGAGGGAAGUAGUUGUUUGAGUCGAAUACCAUAAACAAUGGCAAUUUGCAUGCCGAGCGGCAAAUCAUUCUUGGCUGUGUUUAUGCUGGUCAUCAUAUGGGGAGAAGAAUGAUUGAUUGGACCAUGAUGUUUGUCUUGUUGAACUCAACCAAUCCUUCGUUAUAUUCUCUAUUUUUUUUUUCUAUUUUGUACAAUGUUAAGCAGUUAGGAAAGUAAAGCCAACGGAUUAGAAGACUUUAAGGAACAAACUGUUUCUUCGGAUUCACUUUCUGGCGGCUUUAUUUCAUGUUAUCUCCGCUUGGUUGUUAAUGUUGAGUUUGAGACAUCAUAUUAGUUUAAGUGCACAGUUGUAUUCGCAUACGAGUACCAUGUUGUCAUUUCAUCGUUUCUUUGUGUGAUCAACUAAAAAGUUAAAAGCUUAUCUCGUCGA